AUGAGUAUUUUAGAAGUUGUGAAGAAUACUAGUGGAACAAAAGUGUCCAUAAACAGUGACAAUUUUUUUCCAUAUUUUCAAAGGGUAAAUAAACUGAAUACUGAAGAAAAUAGGGAUUUAAUUUUUUCAGAAUUAUUAAAGAAAAAGUGCAUAAAGGAAUAUUAUGAUUUAAAUUAUAUUAAUGAUAUAUUUGAUUAUAUAAACCUGUUUUGGUUUGAAAGAUAUGUAUUAGACACUUUAAGUAAUAGUCAAUUAGCAGAUAAUUUUUAUAAAUAUACAGAUAAAUAUUAUAAAAAUGAUCAUAAUAUAAAUGUAUUUGAAGUGUCUAGUCUUGAGGAUACACGUAAUAAUUUUAUAGAAUAUCCUAAUGAAGAAGAUAAUAAGAAGGAUGAAAGUUAUCUAUCCAUAAAAUGUGGAAAGGAUAUUUUUAUAAAUAAUGUUAGUUGGAAUAAAUAUAUGAAAAAUAUUCUUAGAUUAUGCGAAAAAGAUGUAACUAAAUAUUAUAAACAUAAAAGAUCUCUCUAUAUUAAAUACAAUUGUAAUGUAUUUGAUAUAAAAAAGUUAAUGAAAACAAGUAUAUGUUUUAUUAAGUGUUAUAAAAAACCUAAUAUGUGUAGUAAUUAUAAUACAUUUGAUGAUGUACUUGAAUGCAAUAAUGAAUAUAGGUAUAUUUAUGAAAACAAAUACGAUAAUUUCAAGUAUAUAUUUAUUGAAGAGUAUCAAAAUGAAAAAAAUCAAGAAGGCAAAAAUGAUUUUAAUGAUGAUUAUAAAUACUAUUAUAAUGAUAAUGUAUAUAAAGAGUAUAACGAUUAUAAUAAGAAUAAGGAUUCCACUAAGUCUAAUGAUUUGAAUAAGCAUUAUAAUUUUCUUGAUAUGGAAGAAUAUUUAUCAAAUAAAGAAUAUUAUUCUACAUGUAAAGACAAUUCGUGUGAUAUUUCAACAGACGAAACAGAUGAUAAUGAAAUUUUCUAUCCUGCUCUUUCUGAUUUAGAAUCUGAUGAAGAAUAUUAUAUAGCAGAUCAAAAUAUAAAUCCUAGUUUAGAUGUUGCGUUAAUUAAAAAUAAUAAUAAUAAUAAUGUUACAAAAUUAUUAGGAGAACGUAAUAAUGAAAAUAUCAAUAAAUCCACAGAUAUAAAUAAAAUUGAUAUAUUACAAUUUAUUAAUCCGUUAAUAUUUUAUUUAAUAGGUAUUAUAAUUGGUGUAUUAUUUAUAUGA